AGAUUUCGGAACAAUCUACGGUCUUCAGACAAAAUCCCAUUUUAGGAGACUUCUAUUAUGUGAAAGCAAUUUACUGAAGCGUAUGCUAACCUGCCUUCGCUUUGUUUACAUUGCAAUGGGUAUUGAUUUGAAUGCUAAUGAAAAGCGGGCAGUGAAUUUGGUAAUGAAAUCAGAGAUAAUAGAUUGAUUGUCUCAUGUUAGGGGUGUAUUGUUAUAGGAGAGAUAUCAAGCUUAGUGAAAUAGAAUCGAUAGAAACUGGUCGUCUUAGCAGCCGAUGUAAACAAUUCUUGCAUCUUUAAAUGCUGGUUGUUUACAGAAGCACGUUCGGGUUUCUAAGAUCAACACAGAUUCCCUGAUAUAAGCGUAUGCAGACAUAAUUGCCACAUUUCAGAUGCUAGUUGGUUUCAAACAGCCUAUUCUUAUAAAAGAUUUUAGAUUGAGUAAUGGGUGUGCCAUUUUCAUCAAGGAAACGCACAGAUGUCCGGCCAGUCGUUCCUGGUUCGUCUGUAAGUAGCAGCACGGCUAGUGUUAGAUCGUCUUUAGAUGAUGAAGAUGAGGGAAUAAGCGGUACAGAUGAUGAAAAUGGGGAAAUAAGCGGUGCAGAUGGUGAAAAUGAGGAAGUAAGCGGUACAGAUGGUGAAAAUGAGGAAGGAAGCAGUACAAAGCGUGGAAAAAGGGAAACCAAACGGGUUAAGGCUGAAGAAAAACUUACAUCAGCUUCAGAGGCAAUCAUAGAGAAAGCAGAGGAGUUUUGGAGUGAAAUAAGAGAUCUUCAAGUGCCUAACCCUACUGAAGGUAGAACAAUUGAACAAAUCAUCGACGACAUUGCUGCCCAUGAAUGGAAGAAUAAUGGGAUCGACUGGGAAAAAGGUGCUGAAGAUGAUGACGACAAGCUCUAUGAAGUGAAGCUUGCCUGCAAAGACUUGAAGAGAAUUCGGAAAAAGAUGAGCUUGAAGGAGGUUGCAGCAGCGAAAUCAAUGGGUCUUCUUGACAAAAAUGGCAAGGUUCCAAAAUAUGACCUUCAUUCGACAAAAAACGACUCUAUCAAACUGGUUAAAGAGCACGGCGAUGCGGUUCCUUUCGUGAUCUGGGGCUGGAAACCAGCGGAAGCAGCCAAGUUUAGAAACGCAACAAACGACCUUGUCAAGUCUAACAUCUGCAAUCUGAUCCGGAAUUUUCAAAUGAUGACGAACGAUAGCACAAGAAUGCUAGUGAAAGUUCUAAUGGAAGCAGGAAUCUGGGGAUUGGGUCUUGAUGGGCUGAAUGCCACCAGGAAUGUCCUGGCAACACUUCCCAAAGUCACUAAAGCCACCGAGGCGUAUGCUAUUCUUGAAGGCAUUGUUGCUGUUGGGGAAAAUGUUGUGAAGAUGGCAAUAAGGACAGCUACCUUGGGCAUCCUCGCUCCACUGUUUGCUUCAAGAAAGUACAACGCCGCUGCAAUUAUGAUAAUCAUGAACGAAACAAGCGAAGAUUUAAGGCUCGAGGACAUUUAUCUGUCUUUUGGCAACGCUGUCGGGGUCUUUAACGAGCAGGCAACUGUAAAAAACCCCCAAAGGGUGAUUCCAAAAGUGCUACCACCUAUUGUGAAUAAAAAGACAGGGAAUGUCUUAGUAGAUGGAUCGAUACAGGCUGGUUUCUUUGUUGCCCGGAAGAAAGACAAGUCUAUGAAAGGGUCUACAGGGGUACUCAUGUUUGAAGCCUCAAAGUUGUUCCCAGAUGGUGUAAUGGCAGCUUGGACGGUGCCAUACGCCUACAGUAACAAUAGAAUACGAGUGGGCGAGGAUACUGAUGAAGGCUAUAUAUCGUUUUGUGUUGAAACCGAGUCCUCAAAGUUCGACAACUCUCAAGAUAGUACAUAUGUUAGCAGCACCGGAGCCAAAGUGACAGGCCGAGUGAAUAGCAAGACUGGAGGAGAAGCUUAUUACAUAAUAAGAUUCGCGGGGCCACCGAAGGACGCAAUCGUGCCCGAUGCACAGCAAGACGGCAACGAAGACGCUGACAAGCGAAGAAAGCUGCUUAAUGAUAUUGAGAUACCUGACGUCACAAAGGGAAAAACAUCUGAAGAACUUAUGGAGGACAUAUUGGAUCAUGAGAAAGAGCAUCAUGGGAUUGACUGGCGCGCUGCAAUGAAAGAGGGCCCGCGUAGCAUGGGUAAUGCUGUGCUCAAGGCCCAUGGCAGACUGCAUAAGCUGAGAAAAGCGAUGAACCAGCACGAGGUUGAUAGCCUGAAGUCAAUGGGUUUGCUAGAUGCUAAAGGAAAUGUGAAGGAGCUGGAUCUUCUUGGAGGAGAGGCUGGAGUGGAAGCAAACCUCGCGCAAAUUCCUAGUGGAGCAGGAACAUUCCCUUGUUGGGCAUGGACCAGAGAAAAAGCUGCAGAGUUUCAAAAUGCCAAAGGUGAUAAGAUUAAAGAUCUUAUUUCAAAUCUAAUUCGGAAUUUCCAAGUUAUGGAAAAAAGUGACGAAAAUAUGCUGGCUCACUUUUUUAUGAAAUGUGGCUUGAUUGGCAUUGGGGCUGCCGGUGCACAGGCCGUUUGGAAAGUCAUGAAAACAAUCGAAAAAGUUGCUGAUGGAAUUGUUGCUUUAGCAGAUGGUAUAGUAACAAUUAGCCUCAAAGUUAUACAGUUUGCUAUAUCUGUAUUCGUUUUGGCAAUUCUCGUUCCGAUAUUUGUCUUGGCAAUGAAGGAUGCAGCUCAAGUGAUGGUAAUUAUCAAUGACACUGAUGAUGUUAUGAGCCUCCAAGAUCUAGCCACAACCCAUGGAAAAAUAGUUGGUAUUUUCAAAGAGAACGCAAACCAAAGCAUUGCUUUGCCAAUUAUUCCUAAGAGAAAAUCUGCAGUGUAUAAUGAUAAGGGAAUUAUGAUGUCAUCUGGAGCUGUGUUUGCUGGGUUCUUUUCUGCCAGGAAGAAUGACAAUGCAGUGGUGGGGUCACAAGGGGCCAUGAAGUUUUCAGCGACAACUAUCUUUCCAAAAGGUGUUUCGAUUGGAUGGGAGAUUCCUUUGAGCAUUGGCAGUAACAGACUGCUUGUCUCUGCGGAUUUUAAUGGGACUGCCAGCGCAUUCAGUGAAAAAACUAACGAAGAGGACAAGCAAGAGGAUUCAUCAACAAGUAUCAAAAAUGGAACUGUUGUUGGGCGAGUAAACAGCGGCAGUGGUAGUCGCGCGUAUUAUAUUAUGAACAUAAGUGCACCUAAAGUUGAAGCCUUGAGGGAGUCACCUACGGAGUCCGUAGAAGAAAAGGCAGACAAGUUAUGGGCGGAAAUCAAAGAUUUGAAAUCACCCAACGUCACUCAAGGGAAAACUACAAACGAGGUGAUAGCUGACAUUAUUGCUCACGAGAAAACUCAUUAUGGUAUUGACUGGGAGACAGCAGCAAAGGGAGGUUCGGAAAAAAUUAAAGAAGCGAUGGAAAAGGCCCAUCAAAGGCUUGAUAGCAUUCGGAGAAAGAUGAGUGACAAAGAAGUGGAGCGUGCAAAGGAAAUGGGACUGCUCGGAAAUACAGGUGAAGUCCCCUUUUAUGAUAUUCUUGGAGAAGGAAAACUUGAUACAGCCCCCAUUCCUAGUGAUGCUGCUCCAUAUACUAUCUGGGGCUGGAAGGAAGAACACGCUGCUCAGUUUCAGAAUGCAACAGGAGAACGCAUCAAAGACCUGAUUGUCAAUUUGGUUCGUAAUUUUCAAGUUAUGGGUGAGGAUGAUGAGCGAAUGAUGGUGAAAGCCUUUAUGGACGCUGGAAUGUGGGCGGUUGGUGGGUACGGGCUCAUUCAAGUGAUUAAAAUUCUCAAAACAUUGUACAAGCUUACACAGGCAACUGAAGCCUAUGCUGUUUUUACAGGCAUUAUGGAAGUUGGAGUAAACGUAAUAAAGAUUGGCAUUGCAACAGUGAUCAUAGCGAUUCUCGUGCCUCUUUUUAUUUACAUGAAUAAAGAUGCAUCAGCUAUAUUUGUGAUUGUCAAUGAUACCGAUAGCGAUCUUGAUCUGCUUGAAUACCACACUACACAUGGCAAGAUUGUUGGGAUCUUCAAGGAAAAUCCAGAUCUGGACAAUCCGAAACCAAUUAUCCCUAAAAGGCUCCCUCCGAUUAUUAAUCCGAAGACUGGCAAAGAAGUAUGCAAAGGUUCUAUUCAAGCUGGAUUUUUCGCAGCAAGAAAGAAUGACAGUGCUCUUAUUGGAUCGCAAGGUGCUCUUAAGUUUGGUCCAAUGACUUCAUUUCCAAAAGGAGUGUUUAUGGGAUGGGAGGUGCCUUUGAGUCAAGGAAGCAAUCGUCUUCUCGUGUCAGCUGACUUUAAUGGCAGCACAUCUGAAUUUAGUGACAAAACGAAUGAUGGAGAUAAACAGGAGGACACUGCCAUGGGAAGUAAUGGUGCAAAAGUAGUCGGCAGAGUUCACAGUGCCAGUGGAAGCGAAGGGUAUUAUGUGUUUAAUGUUACAGAGUCCAAGAAAGGCAAUCUGCUUGAGAACCAUUCAGUUACCUCGACAAAUGAGGUUGUUAAAGAAGCAGACAAUAAAUCGGAUGAAGAACUCGUAAACCAGAUUCUUGAUCACGAGAAAAAAGUUAAUGGUAUUGACUGGAGAGCGGCAGCAAAGGCGGGAAAACCAGCGAUUCACGAAGCAAUUGAAAAGGCCAGGGCAAAUCUGAAAUCAAUUGCAGAUAAAAUGACGAAAGAAGAGCGCCAUCAUGCAUUAGAGAUGGGACUGAUCAACGACAAAGGUGAUGUCCCCGAAUUUGAUCUACUACCAGAGCAAGAAGAUCCUGCAGAAAAUGAAAUAACGGCAAUGGCCUUAACACAGCCCCCGGCUGCUGUAUCUAUCCCAAGCACAGCUGCUCCUUAUAUGGUUUGGGGUUGGAAACCAUCAGUUGCUGAUCAAUACGGAAAUGCCCAGGGUAAUGAUAUAAAAUCUCGGAUAUUAACACUCAUUCGGGAUUUCCAGGCAAUGAAAAAAGACAACAAAGAGGAAAUGGUUAAUGGGUUCAUGCAAGCUGGCUUAUGGGGCAUCGGACUUACAGGGCUAAGGGCCGCGUGGAGAGCGAUGCAAGCAGCUUCAGCUAUAACUGAAGCAGUAGAGGCUGAGGCGAUCGCAGAAGGAAUUGCAAUCAUUGGUGUCAAUGUGGUGACGAUGGCCAUUGCAACUUGCAUUCUGGCUGUUUUAGUCCCAAUUUUUAUAUUCAUGAGCAAAAAUGCCGCUGGGAUAAUGGUUAUCAUAAACGACACUGAUGAGGAUAUGGUUAUGGUCGAUCUGCAUGCGACCCAUGGCAAAAUUAUUGGCAUUUUCAAAGAGAAAGCUUCCGUUGAUAAUCCACAGCCUAUUCUACCUAAGCGACUGUCACCAAUUGUUAACCCAACGACUAAGAAAGUCAUGGUCGAGGGAGCUGUUACAGCCGGUUUUUUCGCUGCACAAAAAAGAGACAGUGCUCUUUAUGGCUCACAAGGGGGUAUGCAAUUCGCUGCAACUGAAAGAUAUCCGCAAGGUAUUUCAUUUGGAUGGGAAGUUCCUCUGACUCUGAGCUCAAACCGGUUGCUUGUAUCAGCAAGGUUUAAUGGAAGUGCCUCAGAAUUUAGCAACGAGACCAAUAGCCAUGGUGUGCAAACAGAUACCUCUCAAAGCACAAAGGGAGCUGUCGUGACUGGACGUGUGAACAGUGGCAGUGGCAGUGAGGCAUAUUACAUAUUCUCGAUUAAGUAAAUAAUAGUGUAAUAACAGGCUGAUUUUCCCUCGAGAUCAUCGUACUUUAGUACCCUACGAAAGCAGCAUCGCUUUUCCUGUCAAGUUAUAGACAACUAGAGAUCAGGGCGCUGUGAGGCCCAAAUCAGGCUGAUGGAUGACAUUUAAACUGGAUUAUAGCUAUGGUACCUUCAUUCCAUUCCACAUGUUCACCUUUGAACACACCUUUCAAAGCUGUCUCAUUCAUUAACGAACCAUAAAUCUAAAUAAGGUGUUAAGAUUCAAGUAAUGAGAUGCCAUGCACAUUUUGAGGCAGUUCUACCAUAUCACCAGGAUAUGGUUUCAAUGUGCUUAUGUAUAACUUAACCCAACCAACAUCAUUCUUAACAUCAUUAUCCACCCUAAAGGUUCAUACCAAUACUUUUGUGCAUAGAUUCUCUACUUAAAAUGAAUUCUAGACUUAGCGCACUUCUUUUUGAUGAUGUUUUGUAUUAAGUUAGGGAAGGUGACAGUCCAAAUAGAAUUUUUAUAAUACAUAUUUUCUACUAUAUACUGUUGUGACUUUUUCAAAUUUAGUUUACAAUGUGUUUACUUUUUUCAUUACUGCUACAUGCGAUCUGGGUGAUCGAGUGACAUUUCGAGAAUUCAUUUUUAUUGGAAGACCGGGUGAACUAGAGACAACGCAAUCGUUUUGAAUUGAUGGAAGGGCUCGCCAUGUGAUGUAAGCGAUAGAAGCAUUGGCAGUCAAAUUUUUUGAAUGGCCUUCUGACUAGGGGCGGACUGGCUGGUCGGGCUAUUCGGGCGAUCGCCCGAAGGGCCGGUCGGUUUAAGGGCCGGCUGAUAAAAGUGCAAGAAAAUAAAUUAGCUUAAAAAGUGAAUGCGAAGCAAAAAACUAUACCCAUGCGUUGAUCUGUUUGCCUUAAAUUUUCAGAGAUUUUCAGAGACAGGGAUUUUCAGGGAAAGAAUAAAUAUACACGCGAGUACUCCAAAACCAUCAAACUUAUGAAUUCAUUAUUGUCACCGCAGCCCAAACACACUUCUUCAGGAAACAUUUUAUUGACAUCUUGUUCUAUUUUCUCUUGACGGUAUUUCCUGUUUGGCGACAUAUUAUACUGUAACACCCCUGUUUCAACGCGAUGCAUAAGAUUUUAACCUGCCCUGAUAUCUUUUUACUUAGCUUUUGCUUGAAGCUGGUCAUGUUCUUGCCUAAGCACAAGCUAUUGCUAAAUGUAAUAAAUUUAAAAGUCCAGAAAUUGGAGUUCACUAAGCGAUUUGCUCUGUGAUGUGAAGCAAUGAAGAGGACAUACGUAGAACAAAGGAAGAGCAAGAAGAUUCCAGCCAAAGGUGGUGCACAGAAAUUUCGUGAGGAAGAGAUGCGAGACUUAAAAAAGGAUUUAGCUACGAUACAAAGCUUUUCUUAUCAAGCAAAAGCCACAAACGUCACAAAAAACAGCAGGGUCUUGCUCUUUUCAAUAAACUCAUAUUAGUUAUGGUAAGUUUAUUAGGCCUAUACUAUCAUAAGUCAAAUGCACCCCCCCCAACAGGGGUAUGGUGCUACACGAUAAAAUUUCAACAGGGGUCCCCAUGUUUUCUUUUUGGGGUCAGAAAUUGACAGCUUGAUAUUUUUGGGUUGCUGAAAUUCAUUGUGGUUUUACGGAGGAUUAGGAAAUUAAUUGUCACAAGUUAAGUGUGAUAGAAGCUUUUCCACCUCAAAUACAUAAAGAACAGAUUACGUAGUAAUUUUAGCACGUUUACUUCUUUAUAAUUGAAUUGAUAACAUUUUUCAGAGACAGCUUGAGGAAAUUGAGCCAGAGGGGCUGUGAAUCGCGCUUAGGGAUGUAGGAGGACCAACCAUGGUUGGGGCCGACGCGAAAGACAAUUUUUUAAAUCAUACCUUCUGAAUAGCUAGAAAAGCAUCUCCCAGAUCAAGUUUAACAAAAUACUAUACCGUUCAGGAUAGACAAAUCGACGUUUCUCAGAAGAACACUGAUUAUUGUUCUGGGAGAAAUUCGGAAAGGGAAGAGUCAUGCUUAAACUCUAGUGACAGACGUCGGGGAAAGAAAGAAAGGUGUUUUCUAUUCGAGAGCAAGCGAUUUUUUCCUAAAACCAUAUCAGAUUAAAAAAAAUAAGGAUGCAUCUAAGAAAAUAUUAGGGCUCAAAACGAAAACUUCCUUAAAAAAAUAGAGGCUGAGCAAAAAUUAUUGCAUUCUAAUAAUAAAGGGUGUAGUCAUUGCUUCUCUCUAUAUUACGUGCAAAAGUACCUCUUUAUUGACGUGGUACUUUUACGCAAAUUAAUUUGACCUCUUUCCCUUUUUGUCUUUUGCCCUUGUUCCUAGCUACAGUUAAAAGCAAAACUCAGAAUUUCAUUUUUUGUGUCUAUGCUAUUAUCAUGUCACUAAAUGUGCAGUUAAAAUUAAGGAGCUAUUAUGGAGGUCUUGGUACCGCAAUUUGACUAAUAGAGGUUCAAAAAUUCGGAACAUUAGGACUUUUUGGACGUUAAAGAUUUUUUUUGGGGGGGGUCCAGUCCCCCCCGUCCCCUCGGGAUUUACGGCCCUGCUCUUUAGUUAGCAAAUGACAUAUUUAACAUGUUCUGUUAACCAGCAUUUACCCAUGCACAAAAUUAUUGAAUUUAAAGACUUGUUUUCCUUACAGACUAACAUUUACUUGCAUUUUCCGAGGAGUUUUUUAUUUGCUUUUAUUAUGGGCUAAUUAGAUAAAAAAUUUGCCCGGGCCAAAAAAAUUAGCCAGUCCGCCCCUGCUCUGACCUUCCAGCCGCAAAAGUAUUUUGGCAACUAAUCACUUUUCUGAACCAAACUUCAUUUAAGCCGGAAAAGUUGUGAAUUUUUAAAAACAUGGUUGAAAUAUAAAGCUCGAUAGUCGUUAUGUAGAAGAAUUCCUUUAGCUGAUCGCGCUUUUGACUUUAAGGUUUUAAUGAUCUCAGAAUGAAACUUGUUAUUUUGGACUUAAGAAAUGGUGCAAAAAGAAAUUUUUAUAUCGAAUCCAAAUAAAUUACUAUUAUUAUCUUUCAUGUUUGAAUCACCAAGAAUAAGUCAUUUUUCAAUAAACUUUAAUCCAUGAUUACUUAUUUGCAAUGCAGUACCGGGGUAAAUGGUUUACUAAGGUAUUGAAUCCAAAAAUAAACUUGACCAUAUUUCUUGAUAAAAGGAGUUCAUUUUAUACUGUUGACAACUCAAUAAUGGUAAAAUGUUGUGAGGGAUGAGAAACAGAACUGGUCAGAGGAAAAUGUUUUGUCUUUUUACUGCUCCGUAAUCAACGAUAACAGAGCUACAAUUGUGUGGUACUCCCCCCCAAGGGAUGGGGGAGGCUACACCCAUUAUGACCUAAUAGCGGGUCCAGUCAGGGUCAAUGCUAAGGUGUUGAAAAAUUACCCUCAAAUGGUAGUCUUUUUUGACAAUAACCCUAAAAUGGUAGCAUAAUAACCGAAAUUAUGCUCUUGGUAGCAUCCAUUUAUUUGUGCUCACCAGGUCCUACUUUGGAAAAUUUCUUCGCCAUUGACUGUUGUUCAUUCGGGAAAGAUAAGAUUUUGUUAAUUUUCUAUAACAAAAGAUAAGACUUUGUUAAAUGGUAGUGUUAUUAUCGAAAGUGGGCCAUUUGGUAGCCAUUUGGAAAGACCCUCAAAUCGACUGGACCCCCUUUCAGGCUUUAAUGAGAGUACCCCCUAGGGGUACUCCAGAAGGGUCCUGUUCAGACCCAAUCCUUUUUGUCUUAUAUCUGACUGACCUUGAGCAAUGUUUGAAAUUUAACAAUGAAUAGUCUAAGCUCUAUGUCCGCAAAGAUGGGUUAUAUGAUAAGAUACCAUUCUGUUAAUGAUAUCUCGUUAAAUAUUUCAAGCACACUCAAUUUUAAAGGCGCUGAUAUUAGCGGUGUCAUGAAGACCAAAUCUCUACUAGUAUUUGGGAUGAGCAUUUCAAUGAUGAAAGUAUUUUUCGUCGAAGGCCAGCAAUUUUGGUCAGCCUAUAACCGUUUUGUUCGAUAAAAAGCACACUAUUAAAAAACGGCACAUUUUAUGAACAAAACCAGAUUCUAUGACGGCGAAACUUGAUUCAAGGCUUUUUACGCUUCAUAUAGAAUAUGGAACAUCAUUUUUUAAGCAAAGUUCAAUUUUGGUGCAAAAUCAGUAAUCUUGGGAAACCCAUAGCCUUAUUUUUCAAGAAAAGUCGCCAAUUUAAAUUGCCAUAUCUGAAGGAUUAAAUCCCACUGGACAAAGACAAAACUUUAUUCAAAUCUUUUAACGCUUUAUAGAGAAAAGAGAAAAGCACAUUUAAGAGACAAUAAUUUUCGGUCUUUCCUUUUUUGUGAAAAAUCACUAACUCAAAUCGCCAUAUCUCAAGAAAACAGUUUUCUCAAACACUUGCUUUUCUCGAGUAACCAUUUCCAAGAUACUUAACUUUGAAGUACUACUGACGUUUGUGUACGUAAUACAUAUUUUAUAAUUUUUUUAGAUGUAACGUUAAUUAUGAAUUUUUUAAAUCUACUAUAUAGUGGUGGACAAUUUUUUAAAUAUUUAGAAAAAUAUUUCCCUAGCAUCUUAGAUGUCUGUCCAAUCUUUGUGGCCAACUAGCAAAUCAGCAUGUUUUCAUGGCCCUAUAAAACACUCCUUUCUAGAAGGCACUACCCGUGAACAUCAUAAACUGAUUUUUAAGGCAAUUUCGGAGGGGAUCAAUGGGAGCACCGUCAGUGGAGCAAAAUAUGAAUGGGCAUGGUCCCUGGGAUAGAAAACCGGUGCAUUUUCCUAAGGAAAAGCUUGAACGUGGGCUUAUCUUCCCCUGUUCAUUAACUUUGAGAUAAGUUUUGUGGAUCGACGUUCUACCCUAUACAGAGACUGAAAGGCAAUCCAUGAACGCCUACGGCAGAGAGUAUUUACAGCAGUAGAGGGUAAUUACUCCCCAUUCUCCCUUGACAGCGCCGUAGUUGCUAUUGUUCUGCUCAUCGUCACUUUCAGUAGAUUUUCAGUUUCAAGGUGUUUUCAACCUCAUCUUUACUUUCUUCUGGCCCAUUAAUGUCAGUUGUAUAACUAGAAUAAUAUGAACUGGUGUAAAAACAUCUGAUGGCGGGGAAGCAGCGUUUUCAUUUCAUCACUACCCUCAAGCGCAGGGGAAGUGGACGGCGGAGUUGGUAUGCUUGUGCACUCAGUGCUAGCGGUACAUUGGAAGGGCCGGCGAGACGUUGUCAGAGGUCCUAGGUAUAUUCGAAACAAGAGGCUCUCCUGUGAGCGAUGCGAACAGAGAAUAUUUGUGACCUCACCCUUUAGAUUGGCUUGAAAUACAUUUCAGAACAUUCCUUGCAAUCAUUUUCUUGCAAUCGUUUGAAAAAUAUUGCUAUUUUUAAGGCAUCAUUUUGUUAUGUUUGAUUAAUUCCAGUCUUAGAACGGAAUUUAAUAAUUUGUGAGACCCAAUAGAUCUUCGCUUAUGAAAGGAUUUGUCACACUAUCUAAAUCCCCCAACCCCUCUCUGGCGCCGCCCAUGUAGUACUGAUGCUACGAAGGCUUGGGCGCCUCCUGCAUGGAGACCUUGGGGCUCAAGCCUUCCCCGGGGGAACAAGUAUAGGGGGCUUAGUCGACAUUGACAGCUGUCUAAGGCAGAACAUAUUUUUGAGGAACAGCAAAGCAGCAGUACACUUUCUCUGUUUUAGAAACUGCAAAUCAAGAAAGGUGCCUUUUUCGGUUGCUAUUCUCUAUCAAAGGGAAAACAAUUUUACCAAAGGGAAUGAUCACACUAAAAUGGAAUGGAUCGUGAAUAGUUUGUGAAGAAUUACCCUGGGUACCAGACUCACUAUAUAUGAAAUAAAACAGAGUCUGGUACCCAGGGUACUGAAGAAUACAAACCCCCAUUUAAACAGUGUUUUCAUUUCAAAUUUUGAGCCGCCGCCGAGAAAGUUAUUAGUCGGCAUCUAUGGCAUGAAUUGAAAUAAAUACCCUGGGUACCGGAGCCUCAUGAAUUCGUGGAUACGGUUUUGUAGACGUCUGCGGUGGCAAAUAAUGAUAUGACUAGUUUCGAGCUAUGUUUUUGAGACUAAAUAAUUUCAAAACUUUUUUAUGAAUCUGUUAUCAAACUUUAUUUCUGAAUAUAAAAAUGAAAUAAGUGAGUUCUAAAAUGUCAAUCUGCAUGUAUCAUUGUAUGAUUUAUAAUAGAGAACAUUCAUGUUCAACUUGAGCUUUAAAACUGAUAAGUUCCAACGAUUCUGUCUCUAAAAACUUCUUUAUAGUCAAUUUUCUCACACAUCUGUUAGAAAUAGGAUUCGUAUUAAGGUAAAGAGUUCUCAUAAAAUACUGUUUAUUUGUAAGAGAUAAUGCAUUACUUCAUUUUCUGAAUUGAUCACCUAUCCAGAGUUAGAAUUCUUUCCAGCAUGCAAGAGAAUCAGUUUUGGCGGAUGGGCCUAAACCAAUUUUUUUGCGGGAAUUUAUUAUAAAACUCCAGAUUUUAGCUAUUCUUAAGUUGGAACGUCUGCCUUUGCUUGCACUAGUGCGAAGAUGUGGUCAGUUCUGCAAAUUUGUAAAACAUUUUGAUGGCCUUACGAAAAGGACAUGGAAUAUUUUGUCACCCCAAAAAGGUUUGGCGGAAAUUUUCUUGGCCUAUCUAAAUAUUACCCCCAUAAUAUAGCAGGUACUUUAUGAGUGCUUCCUUAAUUAUCUGUUUUCUUGUUUAAAAGCCCUCCCCCCCCAGAAGUAUGGUUCUUGCUCAAGAUUACCCACCCAAGUCGAUAUCUACAGCUACGUGGGUGGUGCCAAACUGUGGGAUCUAUGUGAAAUAGAAUAUGAAGCCUCUCUAUGCCAAGAUUACCCUUUUUACUGUCUAUCUUAUAUUUAUGAAAUGUCGGUCCUUUAGAGGUUUUUUCUCUCUUGACGAUAUCAACUGUAUUUGGACCGCGAGCGACGCUGCGAAUUCCUUGGGGAACGUUAUAGCCUCGCUUCAACCAACGAACGCGGCGGGAAUGAACACUUGCUGCAUUACAUAAAACAUGGCCGGUGGACCUGGUUGCCGUUCCAUUCCUUCUUUUUUCCAUUUAUAAACCAGUCUUGGAUACGUCUAUGCACAAUAAGAUUAAAACUUAACUGCAACUGACAUAAAGGAUGCUGUUCUACUAUAGAUGCAAAACCGGAGUGUUGCACUUGCAAGUGAUGGCGGAGCAUGACACGAACAUAUCAGCACGAUGUCUAUGAAGCAAAUCUCAGCAAAAUUGAUACGAAAUAUGGGCUUCUGAUUGAUACUCAGGAAAUGGUGUUGGUAACUUAAAUUAAGACAUAACUUCAAAUCUUGCUGAAAAGUCUUGAAAUAAUGAAAAAGGCAACUUUGAACCAAAUACUGACUGCCAAUUGCAUGAUUGCCAAAAGAACGUAUAAAUCAGCAAAAAAGGCAGAUUGUGUUCAGAAUGGCUCACCCAUGAAGAAUCUCGAUGACCUUUACGGUAAGUUGGUAACUGUAAAUGAAUCUGAGCCAAAGGGCCCUUCAGGACCAAGAUAUAUCGUAAAAUGUUUCGACAGCCUUUUCAUGAAAAUUCAUUCUUUAUGGCUUUGUCCAAGAGAACUAAUGUCCUUAAAGCAAGUUUUUGGCAGUCUGUGUCCACGUCAUUGUGCGCCACAUCUAGAAUAACAGAAUAAUAACCAAUAAGGAUGAUAAUAAUAAUAAUAAUAAUGAUCACCGAGAUAAUCAGGCCAUUCGAGAAAGGGCAAGAGGGAAGAUAACCCUAGGUCCUCAGCUGAGAGGAGCCCAAAUAAUUUAAAACGAAAAAUUUAAAAGCAAUUGCAAACGAAAAAAUGUUUGUUUCCCAAGAUAAAGUAUCUAAUCAGACUAUGCCCCUAUGCUGUUUCUUGGUUCAAAACGCUGCAGUCGAUCAAUAAUGUUACCAAGAUCUUGCAAUAUGCAGAUAUUCUUUAGCUAAAGAAAUAAAAUUCCGUGGAUUCUUGCGCAAAGAUGUUCUGAUCCCGCAAUACAGUAUUCUCUCCAAUUAGCGGACACCGUCCGGGCCAGAGCAAGGUGUCCCCUAAUUGGAAGUGUCCGCCUUUUGAAAAGUUUCGCAAUGUAAGUCCCAAAGUUGAAAAUAGACCCCAGUUUUGUAUUCAAAAGGUGUAAUCAGUGGUGGCGCCAGGGGGGGGGGCUAGGGGGGCUAAAGCCCCUCCGUCGGAAGAACCUAGCCCUCUUAUCGGAGAAUAUUUUAGGUUAUUGUCGGAGCAAAUUUGACAAAAUAACGCACAAAAACUGCAUAUUCUAGUCAUUUUAGCCCCCUGUCGGAAGCUUAAAUUCCCCUGUCGGAAGAUUUCUGGCGCCAACUCUGGGUGUAGUCUGGGUAAUUAGUGGCUAUCGUGUUGAACUUAGAC